CCCUCUGCCAUUUGAUAUCGUUUCCACUCCCCCCUGUAUGUAUGUAGCCUUCCGAUUGUGAUGCCAAUGCUCUCCACGAGGUUGCCCAGAGGCCCCACAGGAUUGAGUCUUUGGUAGCCAAGGUCUUGUCUGAUCUAUAUCGCUAGCUACCCUUCCAUGCUUCGGAUUCUGGUCGAUAUUUUGUCCCGUCCCCUUCUUACCUUUUUCUUUCCCCUCACCCCCAUCGUCAUGUCAAUCAGGAGACGGACGGGGACAUUUUAUUGAGUUGAAGGCUUCCAUCGAUUGAUCUAGUCUGCCGGUCCGCAGCGCAUUGCGCACCUACAGUGCAUACAUACAGCGUAUCAAUACUUGCUACCUCCGGCGCCUGUAUUAAACGCUCCACGCUCUCUCACCCCACUCAUUCGUUUUUAGAUCAACACUUGCUUUCGACUUACGGUGUACGCGCACCUGGAUUCCAUCUAACUUGUUCCAAGGAGGGGCCAGGUUGUUUUUAUUUUAUUUUUUGCUUCCUGAUUUUUUGAAGCAGCGGAAGGAUACAGGCGGUGCCAUAGCAGGGAAGGGAAAAGGGUUGGGAAAGCGACAAGGUGGUUUCUGGUAGGAAGGGGAGAGGAAUAAGGACCAUUUUCAUGCAUGUUAGGCAAAAACUGUUGGUGGACGACCAGAUCACGAGUUUGCGGCGGCAUAACUUAAUAAACAGGCAACCAACUCCCUUUUGAGCCAACAGUUGGGCUGUCGACUUCCCUUUGGGCAUAAUUUCUGUUUUGCACGAGGAUUCACUUUUUUGCGUUUGGAUUUUGACCCGAGAGUCCCUCCAUCUCUCUCUGGUUUUUUUUUCAUCAGCCCUCCUCUGCGAAGGCUUAUCCCCGGACAUCGAGAGGUCUUCACACACUCUCGUUAUCCGGGUUGGGUCUCUCCCGGUCGGAAAAUCCUUCUGGGGGGGGCAAUACCGCUUUUGAAUUAUCGAUAACCUAAUCGAUUCACCGAGUGUUGAUUGGUUUUGAAACCCUAUCAUAAACUCGCUCGACUUCUCAAUGUGCUGCGCCGCGGACCUCCUGACCCGAGGGUUACUGCUUUUCAAUGCAUCUUCCGUGUUGCUUUUCGCAUCAUGUCCGUUCUCCUGUGGUCUUGCCCGUGCUGGAGCUAUUGGAUUUGUGGGCGCUUUGGUGCUUCAAAUGGUGGAUAUAUGGAGGUCAAAGCUUGGGUUUUGGGGCGACUUGGUGGCGAUAUACCUGGCCAUCUUCAUUCUAAAGACUGUGCCGUUUGCCUGGAGGGUAGUGAGGUGGGGUGGAAGUUGUGAGAGGGAGGAACUGGGGGGGAAGUUCUUGGGAAAAUUCAGACCUAUUCUUUUCUUUUGUUCAACAACACACGCCAGGUUCUUGCCUAAGAAGCACACAUUCAAGUACCCGUUACUCUAUGUUGGGUUUCCGGUCAAUUUCAAGGGUUCGAUUGGCGGGCUAUUCUCCGUGCUGGAUUCAAAGGGGGAGCGAGAGGAGAAGUUGAAUAUGGGAGAGAGGGAGGGGAAACGACCGUUCACUUUUUUUUCUAUUGACCCUUCGGGAUAUAUCAACCCGGAGCUGCCUUUCGAGAGGAAGCUGGACUCUGUGCUUAUCUAUCAUGUACCUUUCCGUGAUGUUAUUAUAUUUUAUGUGAAACAAAUGGAAGGAGUGCUAAUGUGUGGAUAUCAAUAUAUAGGGAAUCGACCCAUCUCUUUAUCCCUAUAUCUACCUCGUUACCACCCCUCGAUUUUUUGGGUAUUCAUUCAACCCAGUCUCAUAUUAUUACCUAUAUUCACCGCAACAAGAGCUCAAACUUGUCGUGCUCGAAGUCCUCAACACCUUUGGAGAGAGACAUCUAUACCUUCUCCAUGCAGAUGACCCUUCAAAUCCCGCCCCGAGAAAGGGCUACACCUUUGCGGGGGAGAUGGAGAAGACGUUUCACAUUUCCCCUUUCAAUCACCGAUCUGGAAAUUACAACAUUCAAGUUCGAGAUCCGCUCGACGCUGUCUCCCCCGCGGCAUCCGGAGUGGAUAUGCACAUGGUUGUGAUUGCUAAAGAUGGUACGAAGAGUAUGGUCGCAAGAGCAUUUUCCGUGUCUCCUUCGUUCGAUAUGAUCAACGGGGGCACUUGCCGGGGAUUGGUUAUAGCGGCAACAUGGGGCUACAAUACUUUCUUAGCUGUCCCUUGGACAAUGUGGGAGGCGUGGAAAUUAUACAGGAAGAAGGCUGUUGUAUACACUCGACCCGAGGUUUUGGCAGGCAGCGGGCAACGGGAGGCCACAAGGUCCGAGAGGUUUGUCAUCCAUCUGCCGGAGGAGGGCAAGAACAAGGAAGGGGAAGGGACGGGCUACUUAGUAAGGGUAAUCAACAAGGCUGACCAAUUUUGUUUUGUUAAUAGGGAUAUGCAAAAGAUGUGGUUGGAUUACUUCAAACACAGAGUAUUAACAUACAACCGUCCUAUCUCAGUAACAAUCACCCUACCAGAAUCGAAUGCAACCAAGGUAGCGGAAGAUGUGACAUUCUACUCGGAAAAACUGAGCCGAGGUAUUUUCCCCGCACAAGUCGAGGCUUUAAAAUCACGAGGACAAUCUCCACCUUUCGCACCAUCACCGCCCAACACAGCGAAAUCCCACCUAACAAUCCGCGUCUCCAACCCCCGUUUCUUCACACGUUUCUUCUCACACCAGGAUCCACUACAAACGAUAUACUUAGACAUCAUAUCCCAGCCCGGUGAGCGGCGUCUAGCGGAGGUAAAUAAUAUACCACUAUUCCAGGACCUUCUCCACCCCCGGCGAACAACAACGGCAUCAAUACCGGAAAACAAGCAACCUGCUAUCCAAUUCCGCCCGUUCAACAUAAUCCCCCGUCUCCGGCGUCUCAAGACGUCACUGGAGCUGUCAUCCCUCAGGUUAGAUGAGGAAUUCCUCCUCCGACCCUACCCCGUAUCCCACCGGAGCACUCUGGACGAAUUCUUUCGGGCGAGCUGUCGGUACCGGAGAAAUGGUAUGAAGGCGAUACUAGUCGACCUGAUUGCCUUUGGGGAAGCCGAGAGCCUGGACCUCUACGAGAAGGUACUGGAGGUCGGCAUCUGGGGCGUGACGAUUGGCUUGACGGUCUCGCUCGUAGCAUCAAUGCAACUUGACAUUGGGGGACUUGCUGGCCUCGGAAGCUCCGUGUGGAGUUCUCUCUUGUCACUUUCGUGGUCAUGGCCCUGGGCCGUACCCGCUGACCUUGCGGGUGUUAAUGCCCCGCUGUUAUGGAGUGCUAUUAAGGCUGUGUUCUGA